AUGACUCAGUUCCAAACCAACCGACUCAGAUUCACCCUGCUCGAUCCCGGCGACGUGGACGGGAUGUACGCGCUGCGCAGCGAGAACGAGGUGAUGAAGUGGAGCCGGCAGAAAGCCCCCGAUGCAGACAUCGAAGCCACGCAGACGUGGCUAUGCAGCGCCACGGCACAGGAGCCCUGCUUGCUCUUCUGCGUGAGGGAGCUGGACCUCCCCGCCGCGGGGAAGGUAUGCGGCGAACCGCAGUCCCAGGCGCAAGCGGACAAAGUUGUCGGGUUGGUGGGGCUGCGUGAAGAGCACUCGAUCGUCACGGGGGGCCACGAGCGCUACGAAAUCGGGUACAUGUUUGUGCCUUGGAGCUGGGGGAAGGGGUACGCGAGCGAGGCUGUGCGGGGGGUGAUGGCGGAGUGGUUUGAGGGGCGCUUGGGGGAGGCCGUGAUGCGGGGGGAGGCGCGGAGGGCGCAUGGGAUUUACUCGGUUGUGGCGAGGGGGAAUGUCGCGAGUUUUCGGGUGCUGGAGAAGUGUGGAUUCGAGGUUGUGGGGCUAGCAACAUGCCCGUUUGCUGGUCCUCAACUUCGAAAUCCCGGAGAGCUGGCCAGUGGCCUCCGCUAG